AUGAAAGCCGGCACGGCAGAGGUACCAGCUCUGGGCGAUGGCAAGAUCGUUUUCACCGAGAUGAACGAUGUGGCCAGAUUCGUGAUUGCUUCUCUUGAGCUCGAAGUCUGGCCAGAGGUUUUGGGGAUGAGAGGCGAUGUCAACACAUACCGUGGAGCCGUCGCAGUCGCGGAGAAAGUUCAGCAGAGAAAGUUUCUGGUCAGGGAGGAUAGUGUGAGCACUAUACAGAAGCAGAUCGAGGAGGUGCCAGAGAUGAAGUUCUACAACCAGGUCAGACUUGCUUUAACCGACGGUUGGGGACUGGUGAACGACGAGCUGAACAAGGCGUUCCCGACCAUCAAGCCUACGAGUUUGGAGGAGUUCGUGAUGAAGUGGUGGGAGGGUGUUGAGCUGGAAGAAGCAAGUUGGGGUAGUGAGAACAAGACUUUUGCAUUUGAUUAG